GCCACGCGGAGCCGCGCGCAUCUCUCGGCUCCUCCAACCGUCGCCGCCUCUCCCAACAUCGAAGCCUGGGAGACGCAGGCAAAGCCGCUGCAGCGGUAGCGCCCGAGUUGGCUUAGCAUGCUCGCCUUUCGGCACCGGCGGCGACGGGUACUUGCUGCAGCCAUCCGGCAGAAGCACGAGCGGCAGCUGGUGCCUUUCUUCCCGGGUCUUUAACGCCUGGCUUGCUUCUCCACUACUGCCGCUGCCUCCAGCACCUCCUCCUCCGGGUGGGGCGAUUAUGAACUAACCGGGUGACUACACUGAUACCCCAGCUUCUCUUUUUUCCCGGGCAACCCUGCUGUGGGAAUGCUGGGGAGGAGACUCACACAGAAGGGAGGAAGGCAGCAUAGAUGCCUGCAAUUUUUCUAAGCAGCCUGGUCUUCCAAAGCUCUGGAGAAGAUCUAAGUUGAAGAGUUAACUUCUUUCCUCUGUAGAGUAUGGAGAAAAUGCCUUUCUUCAAGAAGUAAUAUUGAAAAUAAUAAACCAUACAGCCAGAUUCUAAGGUCUUAUAUCUUUUCAUAAAACCCUUAAGACACAGAGGAAUUGUCACAAACAUUGCCAUGAAACCCAAUCUGAAACAAUGGAAACAAGUAAUGCUGUUUGGAAUAUUUGCCUGGGGCCUCCUGUUCCUGUUUAUCUUCAUAUAUUUCACAGAUAGCAACGCCACAGAUGCAGUUCCUAGUUCUUUUUCAUAUGUUGAGACUAAAAGACUCUUGCCUAUUCAAGGCAAACAGAGGGUUAUCAUGGGAGCAAUUCAUGACCCACCCUUCUCCGAAACCGUCAACGAGAUGCUCUUCAACAAAGAUGUCUUAGAUUCAUUCAAGUCAGAGGCUGGGAAUAUUAAAAAGUGGACUAGCUUAGAUAAUAGUUUUGAAAGUGAAGAAUUUUUUGCUUCUCAGUUUAGAGGAAAAUCCAAAAGCAAUUUUCAUCAGAGGAGCAGUGAUUAUUUAUUUGCUGCUGGUCAGCCUCAGUUAUCAAAUAAUGUUCAGCGAAUAGUGAAAUUAAACUCUGCACAGGGGGAGGUACAGAAGAGGAAUAUUUUACAGAACGGUUGGUUCCCUCAAAAGAAGAUAAAGAAAAGACACAUAAAUCACAGAAGAGGAGAACUGGUUGAAGAGUCCCAUGAACGGAAUGAAAUUUAUUCCACAAUGUCAAAAUCGUUCCUGUUCAGGCUUUGGAGGGGGGAUGUCUCCUCUAAGAUGCUGAAUCCUCGCCUUCAGAAAGCAAUGAAAGAUUACUUGAAUGCCAACAAGCAUGGGGUGAAGUUCAGAGGGAAGCAAAACUCCCAACUGACUUCAGAACAGCUCUUCUGUGAGCUCAAAGCACGUGUAAACAUCAGAACCAUUGAUGGUGAGGAAGCUCCCUUUUCAGUUCUUGGUUGGAAAAAACACGUCCCUCAAACGUCACUGAAUAAAUUAUAUCCUCAUGGAUUUGGAAGCUGUGCUGUCGUUAUGUCUGCUGGUGCCAUACUGAACUCUUCUCUUGGGCAUGAAAUAGAUUCUCAUGAUGCAGUUCUGCGAUUCAAUUCUGCUCCAACAAAAGGUUAUGAAAAAGAUGUUGGAAAUAAAACUACAAUGCGCAUCAUUAAUUCCCAGAUUCUUACUAAUCCUAAUUAUCAUUUCGUCGGUAACUCCUUGUAUAAAGAUGUUAUUUUAGUGGCUUGGGAUCCUGCUCCUUAUUCUUCAAAUUUGGAUAAGUGGUAUAAGAAUCCAGACUACAACUUGUUUACUCCAUACAUACAGCAUCGCAGUAAGAAUCCAAACCAACCAUUCUACAUUCUUCAUCCAAAAUUUAUAUGGCAGCUCUGGGAUAUUAUUCAGGAGAACACUAAAGAGAAAAUACAGCCCAACCCUCCUUCAUCAGGUUUCAUUGGGAUUUUCAUCAUGAUGUCCAUGUGCAGUGAAGUCCAUGUGUACGAAUAUAUUCCAUCCAUCCGACAAACUGAUCUUUGCCACUACCAUGAACAUUACCAUGAUGCAGCUUGUACCUUGGGGGCUUAUCACCCGCUGCUUUAUGAGAAACUGCUGGUGCAGAGGUUGAACACAGGACUCAAGGAGGAUUUAUAUCGGAAAGGGAAAGUGAUUUUGCCAGGGUUUCAGUCAGCGAGAUGCCGACGACGGUUCUGGUUCCCAUAAGAAUGAUAUCUUUCUCAAACAAUGUGCAAUAAGGUGCUAUAGUCAUACUGAUAAAUAGCAGAAAUACUUGAAAAAUGGAUCCUAGACUAACCAGUCUUAAGUCUACAGUGUGUAGUUAAGUAGUAGGCAUGAUGGAAAUUCUUGUUUCUAGGGCCUCUUAGUUUUUCUUUGCAAUGUUUCUAAGAUGUAGCUUAUUGAGAAAUGCAAAAUAUAGUGAAAAUCAACUUGAGUAUUUAUAUAUGGUCUGCCAGAAAACGCUUCUUCUUACAUGUGUCAGAUUAAAGCCUUUUAGAGGAAGCAUUUUAUUAGUUUAGUGUAAUCCAAUAAAACAGUUCUUAGAACAGAAAUAAAAAUGGAAUGAUAGCAAAAAGUUCUAGCCUAGGAUUUCUAUCCUUUCUCUCUCCUAAUUUUUUUAAAAAGAACAAUAAAAAGAACAAAAACUGGAUAUGUAUUUAAUACAAUGAGCCAUAUUCUUUUCAUUCUUUAUUUCGUCUAGUGCUAGAACAUGGCAUCCCAGUCUUAUAAAUAUUUUGUGCUAGUCUAUUUUCAAAUGCAUUAAGACUGUAUUUGAUUAAAUAUAUAGAUAGAUUUAUAAGUAGAUAGGAAAGAGUGACAAGAGAGAAACUACCUAUGAUUUCAGAAAACAGUUUAUUAUUUUGACCUGAUGCAUUAGCCAAAAAACCCUCUAAAAAUCCGCAGGGGGAAAAAAUAACCUGCAGAGUGGAAGAGAACAUGGUUUAUAUACAGGAGAUUCCAAGUUAAAUUCCAGCAUCUCUAGCUAAAGCUAGGAAAAAAAAUCGAACCAUUGCCAAUAAGUAUUGGAUUAGAUCAGGGGUGUCAAACCACAGUGGCCACACCCAACCCCGUUUUAGCAAAGGGGGAAAAAGUCACGAUAUGUCAAGUGACGACAACAUGACACCAUGAGUUUGACACCCAUGGAUUAGAUGGAUCAGUGAUCUAUGAAGCAGGUUGUUUGCUGUAAAGCAACUUAUAUUGAUUGAGGAAUAUUAAAGUGCUGCUUUUGCCUUUGACAAUUUGUCCAGCAGGGAAAAUAGAUAUAGAAACUGAUACUGAUAUGAAUCAUUGAAAAAUGUUUAUUAGAACAAA